AUGGCAACCCUCCGAUACUUCAACACCUUCAUUGAUGAGGAACCAAGUGGGAACCUCCUUGAAUCUCGUUCCAAGAGCUGGCCACAACUUGGUGGCACGGGACAUGCUACGGAGGAGAUAGAGGAAAUGGAGACGCAAGCUGCCAACCAUGUUGCCGAGUUGCAGGGCAAAUGGAGCACCUUUGGUGAACGGCACCCGAUGUCCCCGAAACCACAGCCGAAUCGCUCGGCCAACAAAGGCAGCCGUGGUCAUCCUGUAGUGUGCCGCCGGCCUUGCAUCCGCUUCGCGAAGGGAGACUGCGAACUGGGAGAUGCUU